UAAAAAAAAUUGCUCGGAAAAAAAAACCUACCUAAAAAAAAACUCUUCUUUCAGCUUCCUCGCCGACGGCCAAAUCCAAAUCCAAAGCUCCACCACUUCCUCGCCGUCUCCGGCGAGUUCCGGCGACCCAGCCUCCGCUCGCCACCAUAUUAUGGCAGCAGGAUUUCCCCGCCCCCGUCCCCAUCCUCCGCAGCCAAGGAGCGCGCGUGGAAUGGCGGCGGCGGCGGCGGCCAAGUACGCACGGUCAGUAGCCGUUUUCCCCUUACAUCACUGUUUGUUAGAUUCUUUACCUUUUUUCGCCAUACCUUUCCUUAGGAGCAGUCAAUAUUUUGUGUUGAUUUUGAUAGCAUCGAUCAACACAGACCAUAGCAUGAAUCUAAUCUGAAGAAAUUUUCUUGGGCCGAAGAAAAACUAGUAGACCUAUAGUUAGCAAAUCUCAAUUAAGAAAGGCACAUUGCAUUCUCACCAGUACUAUAGCUGCCUGCCUAACUAAUCACUUUAUUAGUUAAACCCAUGCCAUCCUCUCGGAUAGAUGCCGCGGUUUGGCACUAGUUACCUAGCUAGUAGCUACUAAUGCACCCAACAACUACUUAAGCAGCCCACACAGAAUAAUAAUAGAUAGUUACUUAAGCAAUCUGGGUUUCCACGGAGUGCUGUGUCGGAUUAUGUUUUAUCUUCACGGACGAUGAACCAGAUCCACAGUUACCACUGCGUUAGUCCCACGUCAGUAGUUUAAAUGCUAUUCCACCGCUUUAUUAAGCUCGGCCUCGGCUAUCACUAAGUGGAAUAACAAGGGACAUGUACGGUAAUGCGGUAGAGCUAUAUCAUAGUUCUAUAGGGUUGCAAGCGUAUUAGAUGAGUCACCUUUUGUACUUAACAGAGGAGUAACAUAUGUAUUGCAAGCUGAGAACAGGGAUUACAGAGUUUCAACUAUAAAUCAUACUGUAUAUUUUUACUAAUAACUACAAAAGGUUAUUGCUGAACUGACCAAUGAUCAUUAUGAUAUUUCUUGCACAGUUUACACCUGAGAUGUGCGUGGAUUGUCCAGGGAAUAAUGAACCAUCUCCUGGCUCGGAGGGGCUUCAGAUACGUCCAACAUCAUUUGAGAUCCAUUAUCACAGUUUGGAGAAUGUUUGAUGCCUAGGGAGCAGCAUAUAGAGGGUGCCAUCGCUGUUCCUUUUGUUUCUCAUCGCAUCCCUGCUGUCGCAAAGUUGAAGAGGUAUGACCAUUUCGUCAUUGACGAUUAGUUAGCCUUAAACCCCACUGGUCUCAGUUUUUUUUGGGUCUGCCGGCGCACCUAGAUCCACCCCACUGCUACUGAUAUCUUUCACCUAGAUUAGCUUCUUCAAACCGCCAGAUCGAUCUACUUUUCUUUGGCACACUGCCUCAAUCUGGUCCCUUGAAGCUACAAGCCCUAUAAGAAAGAUGCUCCUUGAGUUUUAUUAUUGAAAGAUAGUUGGAAUACGAGAACAGAGUAAACUGUUUGGCUAGCUAGCGUGCAAUUUCGCGCAGAUCUAGAGAAAGUUUGCAUGUGCUUGCUAACAAAAUGUCCAUAAACAUAACAUAGGGGUCAUGAUACAGCUAAUAACUGCCAAUGUGAAUAUGAGCAAUGUUUUUACGACGUGCCAUAACAUGUUCGUAACCAUGACGAGGUUCAUGAGAUGGCUAAAUUGUAGAUAUGUAUAACCAUAAAGAACCGGAAACUGCCAAGAGAAAUUUUUGUGGAGAGAUAAGCCCAACUGCCAAUGAAGAACCACAAACUGCAUUUUUAAAUACAUAAACUGUUCACAAAUUGAAGUAUUUUGUUCUGUUUAUUGUUCGGCUUCACUAUCUGUGGAGUAUUUUCUCUCUAUGAAAGGAAGAAAGGAAAGGCUAGGGCCUCCUUAAAUUUGCUCUGGCUUAGAGACAAAACUCUGUUCUUUUUGUUUGCAUGCUACAGACCUUAAUGUGUACCUUACCAUGUCGACAGCUAGCUGGGUUAGAGGAGGAAGUUCUCCUAUGUGCUUUUCUUUUCUUGCCUAAGUUUGAGAUCCAAAUAGUUCUGGAUGCUAGCAAGAAUAUAUGGGGAAUAUUUUGUCGAAACCUGCCACAAUUCAAUAGUUGCUGACUUCAAACUCUGUUUAUGUACCGUGUUGACGAGGCGAGCAUGCAUUAUGUGCCUCAUGGUUUUGUAAUUAUAGUUCAUGAUUUUUUUACUCUUGUUGAUGUGAAUUUUGGUUCUCAUGGAUGACCGUGUAAAACAUGAGUUGAGUUAUGUUUAUAUGUCGGCUUAUGUAAUGUUUGUGCACCUAUUCUAGCCCGGUGCACAUACAGAUUUGCCCAAAAUUUCAGUCCCAAAUACGGAGCCAUAGAGUAUAAAGCCGUACGUGAUAACUUGUUUUAAAAAUUGUUUUCCAACCUGAAAUAAAUACCCCCUGUAUUCGACCUUUUUUGUAGGGUGGGGGCUUAGUAAAAUACAUGUAAUCUGCUUACACCUGUAAAGUUCCACUAAGCCCCCAAACCUCAAAGGAACUUUGCGUGAUAAAAAUACUACAUUCUUUAUUAUACCUUUGAGGCUUUGAUGUUUUAGCAAGUACCUUUCGGCGGAUGAAUCUGACAAAUACUUCACCAUCCAUCAUGCCAGCUAUCUUUUUGUUUGAACUAACGAUAUGGAUGUAAAUUAAACUUAUGACUAAAAAGAUUAAACAAGGUUAUCAACCUGACAACAGCCCACGUUAUGUAAUUAGUUAGUUAGCUCUGUCCUAACCAGCUGUGUGACACUGUUACUGCGUUCAAGUGUAGAUACGGACAAGAUGUGAUGUGGUCAUGGCAGUAUGUUAUAGAGUCUGCCAGAAUGCUCUGAUUUAUUUAUUUAAAGACAAUGCUAUGAUGAGAACCCCAAUGCUAUGAUAGAGUUAAAUAAAUAGUUAGGUAGCUUUCUUUCGUUCAUAUACAACGAAGCCCCAUCUUCCUCUUCAACAUGAUUGAGGUGCAUACUGUCCAGUCUCCAGAGCUGAAUGAGCAGGAGGACAUCCAUCCAUCCAUCUCAAAGCAAAAUCUAGCAAGUACAAUGACGAUGGUGCUGGAUGCAUUUGCAUCCUACCUGGGGGACUUGCUCAAGCAGGUGGUAGAGGAAGAGCUGGGAACGAUGUUGGGUGUCUCCGGCGAGAUUGACGAGUUGGGCGACAAGUUCCAGGACCUCAAGAACUUCCUCGCUGACGCUGAUAGGAGGAACAUCAACGACGAGACUGUGCAAGAGUGGGUGGGGCAGCUCAAGCGGGCCAUGUAUGAAGCUGCUGACAUCCUCGAUCUUUGCCAGCUCAAGGCCAUGGAGCAUGGACCAUCCACCGUAAAUGCAGGGUGUUUUAAUCCCUUGCUUUUCUGCAUGCGCAAUCCCUUCCAUGCUCAUGAGAUCGGCACCCGUAUCAAGGCUCUCAACCAGAGGCUUGACUCCAUCAAGGAGCGCAGUGCUGCUUUCAACUUUAUCAACCUCAGGUCCUAUGAGGAUCAUAGCAGUCAUGGUAAUCUUAGCCGGGAGACGAUAGGAGACUUUGACCAGUCGGCUGUAGUUGGGGACAAGAUUGAAGAAGACACGAGAGCACUAGUGGCCCAGAUCAUGCAAACUGGAAAGAAGGUCAAUGAUGACAUCAUGGUGGUCGCCAUUGUAGGUGCCGGCGGGAUUGGCAAGACCACCCUCGCACAGAAGGUUUUCAAUGAUGAGACCAUCCAAGGUGAGUUCAGUAAAAAGUUAUGGUUGAGCGUCAACCAAAACUUCAGUGAUGUUGAGCUGUUGAGAAGAGCCAUCAUCGAAGCCAGAGGAGACCACUCGUCAGCUGGGAAUGUAAAGGCCAUGCUUCACCAAACCCUCAAGGACACCUUGAUUGGCCAAAAGACUUUACUUGUAAUGGAUGAUGUGUGGGACCAUGGAGCAUGGGAGAAUGUGCUCAAAAUACCCUUUAUUAAUGCUGUGGCUUCCGGAAGUAGAGUUCUCAUCACCACUAGAGAUGAAGGUGUAGCUCGACAAAUGAUAGCCAUAUGGCCCUACCACCAUGUCGACACAUUAUUGCCUGAAGAUGCUUGGUUAUUGCUCAAGAGGCAGGUACUCUCAAGUGAGAUAGAUGAAGAUUACACAGAUACGCUAAAGGAUAUCGGAUUGAAAAUUAUAGAAAAAUGUGGUUAUUUACCACUUGCCGUUAAAGUAAUGGGAGGAUUAUUGCGUGAAAGAGGAGGGCUACGUCGUGAUUGGGAGCAUGUUUUGGAUGAUUCUAAAUGGUCAGUAACUAAAAUGCCCCCAGAGAUCAACUAUACAGUAUACUUAAGCUAUGAAUAUAUGCCUUCAUAUUUGAAGCAGUGCUUUCUAUACUACACUCUUCUUCCUAAAAGUAAACCUUAUAAUAUGGAUCAAGUAGUUGCAAUGUGGAUGAGCGAAGGUUUUCUUCAUGGAAACUCGAGUGAUUUAGAAGAAUUGGGAAGAAAUUACUACAAGGAGUUGCUAUCCAGGAACCUUAUAGAGCCAGAUAAAUUUCUGCGGACUCUACAUAUAGAAUUUGCUAAUGUGGUUUCAUUGGUUGAAUCGUUGCAUCAACUCAAGCACCUGAGGUAUUUGAAGCUAGUAAAUACCUAUAUAUCUGUACUUCCAGGGAACAUUGGUAAGAUGAAACUAUUGCAAUUCCUUGACCUUCAUGGAUGUGAAAAUUUGGUGAAUCUUCCUGGUAGCAUUGUGAAACUUGGCCAGCUGAGGUUACUUGAGCUUCCCAGCAUAAGUGUGAUACCUAGAGGGUUCCACACCCUAACAAAUAUGAGGAAACUAAAUUGGUUUCGAGCCCACAUGGAUGGUGAAUGGUGCAGUUUGGACGAGUUAGAGUCUCUUUCCCAACUCAGGUUCCUUACUUUAUAUGAAUUGGAGAAUGUAUCUGCUGCCUCGUGUGCUGCUAAUGCUAGGCUUGGUGAUAAAAAGCAUCUUAUCAGACUGUCUUUAUUCUGCACCAGCAGACUGGAAAAUGAUGGGUUGAUAAAAGAGAAAGGAUGUAUCCCUGAGGAAGAGCAGCGACGAAUCGAGAAGGUGUUCAAUGAGCUCUCCCCUCCGCCCAGUAUAGAUAAUAUUAUAAUCGGUGGUUAUUUUGGCAAGCAGCUCCCAACUUGGAUGAUGUCUGCGUCCAUGGUGCCCCUCAAUAACUUGACAUAUAUUAUGUUUGUUGACCUGGCUUGCUGCACACAACUUCCCGAUGGGUUGUGUCAGCUCCCGAACCUGCAGUUCUUUAAGGUAGACCGUGCUCCAUGCAUCAGGCGUGUUGGGGCUGAAUUCUUGCAGGUGGCGGCAACUCCAUUUCCGAGGUUAAAUGAGAUGUACUUACUAGGAAUGGUGCAAUGGGAAGAGUGGGAGUGGGAGGAGCAAGUACAAGCCAUGCCUAGGUUGGAGAAGCUUAUGCUCAGGAAAUGCAAACUGAGGCAUAUUCCUACAGGCGUUGCCACCAAUGCAAGGGCUUUGAAGGAAUUAUUCCUACAGGACAUCCAACACCUCAACUACCUUGAUGGCUUUCCUACUGUUGUUGAGCUUACAAUGCUUCGAAUCCCCGACAUGGAGAGGAUCACUAAUCUCCCCAAUCUGCAGAAGCUCACGAUCACCGAUUGCCCAAAGCUGAAGGUUCUUGAAAGUAUGCCUGGACUUGACAGGUUGAUCCUGCAAGAUUAUGUCAUGGAAGAACUCCCAGAAUACAUGCGGGAUAUCAAGCCAAGGCAUUUGCAGCUAUUUUGCAGGAUAUGGCUGCUAUCUUCAUUAGCCGCGGGACAAUCUGGUCCUGAGUGGGAUAAGUUAAGCCAUGUGGAGCAUGUCAAGGCAUAUGCAUGUGAUGGAAACAACCCAAGAAAAUGGUACGUUCUAUACACAAGAAGAGACAACUGCAAGCUGGAUUCUAAUAUUAGCAGCUCUACCGUAUUUGAAGGCGAUACAAUGGCUGCAGAGGAGGAACGACAAGCAGCAGCAGCAGUUGCAUCCGGUCCAGGAGAUGGAAACAAGGAACAAGAAGCAUACCGACUACAAACAGCGAUCUAGGAAAGGAGAAAGUGCGUGAUAGCUAGCUAAGGAGAUCAGACCAGACCGCCCUCUCCAGUGAAUUAAUCUGGCAGGCAAUCCCUGGCUGGUAAUGGAGCCAGAGUCUGCACUAGUGCAUCCCCAUAUUCCAAAUAUGUCAGUUGAUCGUGAAGGUGUUUUUUUUUAAUUUUUCUGUUUAAACUUUGUAUGCGUGUUAUAUACUCCCUCCGUCCCAUAACAUAAGAGCGUUUUUUACACUAAUAUUAUGGGACAGAGGGAGUACUUGUCAUGCUGUCCUGAAAAGGAUUAAAUCUUGACUAUCAAAAGGAGAUUCUUUCACAGCAUGACUUCCAGUGAAUUUUCCACAUGCCUCUUUCAAGAUUCCCUGAAAUAAUGUGGAAGUUUGACUGAUC